AUGACAAUAUAUCGUGGAAUAUAUAUUCCUGUAAAUGGUCCUCCGGAAAAUCCAUUAGCGACUCGUCUUAUAUAUCAACGAAUGGGACGGGAUGAUUUACCACCAAUUCGAGGGCCUGUUGUAUUAGUUGACGAUUACAGAAAAUUAUCUCUCAAAGAUCUUCGUAAAUUAUUAAAAAUACCCUAUAAUAGGGAGCAGAUUGAAAAUACCAGUAGGAAAAUGUUAGAAGAUGUACAGGCUUUUUUGAAGCGACAGCAAGAUACUAAAGAUUAUACUUCGGCUAAUUUGAAUAACCCAUCUGAGGUAAUCGUUUCUUUGUUAUAUUCUGGCUCUUGGGUAUACAUGUUAGCUGUAGUAUAUAUUGUGGUAUAA